ACUCCCCGGGCCGGAUGGGCGCCCGGGCCGGCGGCGGCGGCGCCCAUGGACGCUAACCGGCCGGGCGCGUUCGUGCUGAGCAGCGCGCCGCUGGCCGCGCUGCACAACAUGGCCGAGAUGAAGACGUCGCUGUUCCCGUACGCGCUGCAGGGCCCGGCCGGCUUCAAGGCGCCCGCGCUGGGCGGCCUGGGCGCGCAGCUGCCGCUCGGCACCCCGCACGGCAUCAGCGACAUCCUGGGGCGGCCCGUGGGCGCGGCGGGCGGCGGCCUCCUGGGCGGCCUGCCCCGUCUCAACGGGCUCGCGUCGUCGGCCGGCGUCUACUUCGGGCCCGCGGCCGCCGUGGCGCGCGGCUACCCGAAGCCGCUGGCCGAGCUGCCGGGGCGCCCGCCCAUCUUCUGGCCCGGGGUGGUGCCGGGCUCGCCCUGGAGGGACCCCCGCCUGGCCGGCCCGGCCCCGGCCGGCGCGGCCCUGGACAAGGACGGCAAGAAGAAGCACUCGCGCCCCACCUUCUCGGGCCAGCAGAUCUUCGCGCUGGAGAAGACCUUCGAGCAGACCAAGUACCUGGCGGGCCCGGAGCGCGCGCGCCUCGCCUACUCGCUGGGCAUGACCGAGAGCCAGGUCAAGGUGUGGUUCCAGAACCGCCGCACCAAGUGGCGCAAGCGGCACGCGGCGGAGAUGGCGUCGGCCAAGAAGAAGCAGGACUCGGACGCCGAGAAGCUGAAGGGGGGCGGCUCGGACGCGGAGGACGACGACGAGUACAACCGGCCCCUGGACCCCAACUCGGACGACGAGAAGAUCACGCGGCUGCUCAAGAAGCACAAACCCUCGAACUUGGCGCUGGUCAGCCCGUGCGGCGGCGGCGGCGGCGCGGACGCCUCGUGAGCCGGACGUGUGUCUAUAUUUCUACGGAAUAAGUUGUGAGGCGGCGCGGCCCGGGCGCUCCACUUUGUAUCGUCAAUAAAUUAUUUAACACGU